UAUCAUUAUCGUCAUUUAACCGAUCUACACCACAGAUCAGAUAAGAAUGGAAGAACAAAAUAAUCGUGAGGAAAAUGGAGAAUUGUUUAUGGAAAAAGAGCUUCUAUCUCCACACACUUAUCUCUUACAAAUUAGUGGAAAACAACUACGAGUUAAAAGCGCAAUGGCUUUUAACCAUUGGCUACAAGUACCUUAUGAGAAAAUGAAAGCCAUCGUGGAUACAGUCAACUCAAUCCACGUGGGGUCAUUAUUGAUUGAUGAUAUUCAGGAUGACACAAGGGUACGGCGUGGUUUACCAGCAGCGCAUUAUGUCUAUGGAGUACCACUUGUAAUUAACACUUCGCUCCAUGUGUUCGUUGCAGGAAUGGUAAAAGCCGCGAAGUUAUGUCCGAAGGGGGACCAAUUGGUCGCGAAAAAUGCUCUUGACGCGUGUCGUGGUCAGGGUAUCGAAAUAUACUGGCGAGACCGUUUUGUGUGUCCAACUGAGGAACAAUAUCGCAGGAUGGUGGAGCUGAAGACAGGUGGAUUGUUCAUGAUGGCUCUUUGCAUGAUACAGUCGUUAAGUGAAAACAAGACAGAUUAUAGCCACUUUGCGCUAUUACUGGCAUACUAUUUCCAGAUCAGAGAUGAUUAUUGCAAUAUAAGUCAACAAGAGGCGUUAGAAGAAUGGCCCGGAGCUGAGGACAAGCAGGUGUGUAAAGAUGAUAGUUUUUGUGAGGACAUCACGGAAGGCAAGUUCACACUAAUGAUCAUACACGCGAUGCGGACUGCGGCAAGUGACCAAAUUAUGAAUAUUCUUCGUCAAAGAACUCGCGAUGUAAAUUUGAAGAAGUACUUUGUGUCGCUGUUAGAGAACGCUGGCAGUUUGAAGUACACGGAGGACGUACUAACGGAACUGGAUCGGAAAUUAAGGGCCGAGGUCGCUCGCUUUGGAGGUAACCCAAUGAUGGAUGCCGUCAUCGACGAACUUUUGAGUUGGAAAUCGUGAAAAGUAUUGAAGUUAAUGUAGAAAAUAUUAUUUUA